AUGUUAACAUCGAAAAACAAUGAUAUUGGAAACUUGAUAGAAAUUUUUCGUCAACGAGACAUCACUUAUAAGGAGCGAAAAGCAACCCUUCAAAAAAUCGAGGAGCUUAUUCCAAAAGUUCCCGAUUUAGAAGCACUCAACACAAAAUGGAUAUAUCUUUUGGAUAAUGCCGUUUGGCCGUUGAUUGUAAAAUCUGAUCGAAUGGAUUUGAAGAGUCUAGCUGGAAAAGUCACCAGACAUGUCGGAGCUCUUCUCUUUGAUUCACCUUUUUAUCCAGAAUUCCUCCUUUGGCUAGGAACUCUUCUCCAAAACACACCGAAGAAAAAUGACGACGCACGAGCAGAUAUCGUAUUCUCCGUCUACUAUAUAGUUGGAGCUAUCAGCCAAAAAUCCGAGAAUCGCUUGGGAAAAAACGAUGAGGAAUAUGUUCGAAAAUCGUUGGAAUGGCUGAUUCGAGUGAUUCCAAACUCGUCGAGUGCAGUUUACAAUAACUGUUUGAAAGGGAUUAUUCUCAUCUCAAACACCUUUCGAAAAGUUACAGAUGAUUUGUAUGAGUCAUGCCUACGAGCCAUCGUAUCGAAUUUCCCUGAUUUCAAUAGCCAUGAAAAGAAUUUUGAGCGACUUCUGGACACCGUCAACUUGUUUUCCGAUCACUUCUCAAAAGAUCCAGUGCUCGCAGAGGAGAUGGUACGAAUCAUCCGACCCGAUAUUAAAAAGAAUGGACUACGAAAUACAAGAGAGUUGAAGAAACGGCUAAAAUUGACUAUGGCUAUUGUGAAAAUGGCCAAGAGUCAGCAGAUUCUAGUUGAAACCAAUGAGAUGAUGUGUGAGUUACAAGCAGAGCUGGAAGGAAACGGUGGGAAAUGGUCGUCUGCUGCUCUUAUCACCAUCAUAUGUGACCUUCUUAACGAACUUCUGAUCCUUGGAAAAAAUGAUGCGGAAAUGCGACAAAGUGUUGAAGAAUCGUUAGGAAAUCUUCUAAAAGAUUUGAAUCUGUCAAAGCAAAACACGAAAGAGAAACAGGCAUUUUUCAACUCAUUAGCGAAGAUUGUCAAACAACUUCCCGCGGAGUCAGAUGUCAAAACUCGAAUCCAUCAUAUUGUUUUCAAUUCGGAUACUGGUCUAUUCAAUAUCCAGAAUGAUGAUAAUCGAAUUUUUGGACAUAAUACGAUCUAUCGAGACUUGGUCAAUUUGAUUUCCGUCCUUUUGACACCAACUUCUCUCAGUCAUCUUCAAGCGACAUACACUGAUUUGAGAAAGAUAAUGAUGGAAAGCAUGUCGAAACUGAAACAAAGUGAAAGAUGGCAUGAAUCCAUACUUCUCCUGUUCUUCUCUGCGUUACAGGGAAUAUCAUGUGCAAAAAGCUCGCUUAUUGUUAUGAUUGGAAUCCGUCCGUCGAUUUUCGAAUUGUUUUGUGAUGAACUACCGCUGACAGAAUAUUGGCUCGCUUCUAACCAUCCGGAAGUCUAUCAUAUCUUCAUAACCAUUCUGGUUGGACAUCUCAAAGCACACGACUUCUAUGUUUCCCAAUCUGACUAUUUGGUUCAUGGAGAGACACCAACCGGACACGCCUACGGGCAGACGAAACGAGAAUAUGUCAGAAAGCAAGUCAUUGCUCUCCAUAAAAUUAUCGGUGGUUUUGGGAAUCGGUUGUGGAAAAAGACCAGGUUCCUCAUCUCCACUUGGCUUCAUUCCCUUGUCGUUAUAGCACGCGAUCAAAAGAUAAGUGCCGAGAGUUUCAGACUAAAAGAAUGGGUUCGGUUGAGAAAUACAGUAAUCCAGCAUUCAGUACUCGAUUGGAACAAUGAAAGCAUCAACCAAGCCUUGACCGUCCUUUCAACAGUUACCAAUUGGUCAGCAUUGCCUCUAGAGUUGAACAAAGAUAUCACUGAUAAAACAAAAAAAGCCACAUGGAAGGAAGCGACGACGAUUUGGGAAUCUGGAGAUUUUAAAACCUAUAUCAGACAAAGCCUAUCGACCACCUACCAAAUGAGUCAGGAACGGCAACAGAAACAGAUUGGUUCCACGAGUUUUGGAGCGGAGGAGUUCAAUUUGGUUACGAAUUUCCUGCUCAAACAGAUUGUUCCAACUACAUUCAAAAAAGGCCCAUAUGUGUGGAUGGAUGAAGUACUUGAAACGGCGAUUCAAGGAUGUAAGAACAUCUCUCAAGAGAAGUCAGACGUGCCAGAAACGUUUAUGGAGAAAUGGGAUUGGAUUAUUAAUCAAACUGCAAAUUUCUGUAUCGUCAAUAAAAUGAAAACUCCAUUGGGGAAACCAAUGCAGACGUUUGCAGCUUUUGAGAAUGAAAUCAAACGACUCGCCAAAGAGGUUAUCAAUCGUAAGAGUAGUGAUAAGAAGCCGAAAUCCACAACAGAAGACGUUCCACCACCGGCAACUCCUCCAUUGAAAUUUUCCAUUCAGUGGCUUCGUGUUCAUCUUCUUUUGAAACUAAUUGAAGUUUUGGAGAAGAUCAUGAUUUCUUCAAUCCGCGGUGGUUCUUCCAUUUUCAACUUGACAGAGAUUCCAGUUACUGCCCGACAAUUCUUCAUAAUGAACUCUUCGAGUUGCGAAGUUUGGCUCAAUCGAGUCUACUAUCCAGCACUCAUUGUUGCUUACUUCAACGGAUACUAUGGCUUGGUCAUUCGAUUUGGGUCCAAUGCUCUCAAUCACUAUGCUCGUCAAAAGGGUUCCGAUGAGAAAAUGAUUACGAAUGGUGUCUGCACUGCUUGUCUCAUGUCUCUCUCGAUGGCUGUUCUAGGGGAACCAAUGGAAAUUGUUGGAUUGAGACGAAGAGUUCGAGAAGAGUUUGGAACGGAAAUGGGUCAGAAGUUAAUGGAAGCGCUAGGAGAAAUGGCCAGUGCAAGAUACGAAAUCGCAUUGGUGCAACUCGAAGCUAUUCUUGUUGUUGAUAGCAGUAUCAACGAAACUCUUCGUAUCAUUAUCCAAAUUGCGAUAACUGACAUGCUGAAUCGAAUCCGCCUUCCAGACGCUGUCAGAUAUUACAAGAAAACUCUAUUUGGAGAAGACGAAGAAGCACAAGUAGCGGAAGAUUUCAGAUCAAUUGAAAUGCUCACAAAAUUCGAAAAGCUGAACUACGGUGUUGCCGAAAAGAGACAAGUUGUUGAUUGGAGUGCUCGUGAACGUCUUCAACUUGUUGAAUCCGCAUAUUCACAGACUAUGAAGAGAAACGAACUCCUCGAACUGCAAAAAGAGAUGUCAGCGAUGGGAGCACUUGCAUUGAGUGCUGAUUCAUCGUGCAAACUGUAUUCGGAUAUAUCUUCCACAUCUCUUGUCAUAGCGAAUCUAGUCGAUCGAAUGACUGGAACAUCGCAUUGGAAAAAUCAGUUGACCGAUGUGGAAAUGUUUGAUAGAGCCGAAGAAGGAAACGAGGGAGAUAAGCUGACGAUCUGUAGAAAACUGAUGCAUUGGGGACGACACAUGAAACAUCAUCGUGGUCAAUCGUUCGCAGCUCAUGGAGAAAUCAUUCGUUUCUCUCGAAAGACUUCCAACUGUGAACUUGCUUUCUUCCAUAUAAAUUCAGCGAUUCGAGGGGAGAAACUGGAAGCUUGGCAACGUUUGGAAGUUGAGAGACAACGAUUGAAACUUGUAAAAUCUCAACAUUUUGAUGUUCGAGUUCGAGAAAUGAAUGAAGUUUUUGGAUCGUUGGCUGACGUUUUCAGCACAAGUAUUGAGAUGAAACAGAAAUUCCAGAAUCUUGACGACCAAACGAAAGAUUUAAUGGUAGCCAAUGGAUACCUGAGUGACAUUGCAAAACGAGAGGAGCACAUGAGUCGAGCAAGCAUUCAACUCGCUGAUUUCUUUGACACACUUCCAACUAUCGAUACCGUUCUCACUCCGAACUUAUACAAUACCAUCAUUUGGUCUGAAAUUCAAUCCCGCUCGAACAGUUUAUCAUGUGGCUAUGCUGGUUUGGUUGGUGCUCUCUACAACUUGUCCGCCGAUCUAUGUCCUUCACUUGCGAAAGCUCAUCUCAAAAUGGCGAAGUGGACAUACGAGAUGGCGAAAAUUGAGAACUUCCCUAAUAUAAGUCCAUUCGCCCUCUACCAAUUUGGACAGACGGCACAAGAAAACGAGGAGCUGUGGAGGAGUUUAGAUGCGACGAGUCUUGUGAAUCUGGAGAAACAAGUUAGAAAAAUUGUUCCGGAUGCCAUGCGAGCCAGUGUUCUUCUCUCUCCGAACAAUCCAUAUCUGCUUCUAUGGGAAGCAGCCAGCGCUCACCGUCGGAAAUUCCUUUGCAUCACGGUCUCUUCGUAUUUCCAGUUUAUCCACAACAUGUCCGGAGACUUUGAGUGUCUUCCCUACUCGAAACGAGAAGAGACCACUCUGGCGACUCUGAGAAUUCUGGAAAUGCUUGUGAAGCACGGAGAAGUGUUGGUUGAUGUUAUAAACGAUGGAUUGAGCAGGACCAAUGUUCAUGUUUGGAAAGAAAUCCUCCCGCAACUCUUCGCUCGCCUUUCUCACCCAUCUGAUCACAUUCGUAAAACUCUGGUUGAUCUGAUAUCUCGUGUCUGUACAGCUGCUCCACACGCAGUCGUUUUUCAAGUUGUCUCUGGAGCAGCUUCAUCCACUGAAGUGUCUGAUCUGGAAGAGCAACAGAAUGAUGAUCGCAAUCGAGUUCGUGCUUGCUGUGAACAACUGGAAACUAAAAUGGCUCAGUCGUAUCCGAAUCUCGUCAGAGAUGUCCGCCAAUUUGUUGCUGAAUUGGAGCGGAUCAAUUUGCUGAACGAGGAGAAGUGGUCGGUUGUACUAGGAACCAUGGAGCAUGAAAUGGAAAAGAGAUUAGCGUUGAUAAAAGCUGAAAAUGCCAAAACCGACUUUUCAAUGCAUUUGAUGCCAAAACAGAAAGAUGAAAUCAUUUCGAAGAAGACCAAGCUACUUACCAGACAGAUCUUUGAUGUUCUUGAUGAACUCUACGAGAAAACGAUUGUGGCACAACCUGAGACUGAGAAUGAGAAGGAAUUCUUUAACACAUUCUCCGAAAUGUUGACAAAAGCUCAUACGGAAUCGAAAAACAAUCGAUACAACUCUCCAGAAGCUUCUUGGGCGCCAUUCAAGAAUCUGGUUUCGAACUUCGCUCACAGAACCAACAAAAAAGGAAUGCAAACGUUCCAAACGGCGGAUAUCUCCCAAUAUUUGGCUACUCUCGGAAAAUCAUGUGUUCCAAUGCCUGGUCAAGAAUCUGUUGAAUUUGAUCGUGUCGUUUCGAUUGCUCGUGUCGCUGAUAACGUUACCAUUCUCCCUACCAAAACAAGACCAAAGAAGCUAGGAUUCAUUGGAUCCGAUGGAAAACAACUCGCAUUCUUGUUCAAAGGACGCGAAGAUCUUCAUCUCGAUGAGCGUGUCAUGCAAUUCCUCCGUUUGUGCAAUGUGAUGCUUCAGUCUGAGAAAGGAAAAAGCCGGCAGAUUGCUGAAUACCAAGCACACCAUUACGCUGUAAUUCCACUCGGACCUCGUUCAGGACUUAUCAAAUGGGUUGAGGGAGCUACACCGAUCUUCCACAUUUAUAGAAAGUGGCAGAUGAAAGAGAAAGCUCUGAAACAAGCUACGAAGAAGAAUGGAGAGACGGUUCCGGAAAUAGAGAAACCAACGAACAUGUACCACAAUAUGAUACGGCAAGCAUUCACUGCUCAUAAUAUCGACGCCAUAAUCGCUUCGGAUCGUUCGAAAUGGCCUGCCCAAAUCCUUGAGGAAGUUUUCGAUGGUCUAUGUUCCAAAACACCAACAGAUUUGAUAAGUCGUGAGAUAUGGAUGCGUGCUAAUGAUUCCACUGCGUGGUGGGCAGUCACUAAACGGUAUGCAAGAUCGCUGGCAGUGAUGAGUAUGGUUGGGUCGGUAUUGGGAUUGGGAGACAGACAUUUGGAUAAUCUAUUGGUGGAUCUGAAGUACGGACAUGUAGUUCACAUUGACUACAAUAUUUGUUUCGACAAGGGAAAGAUCCUGAGAAUUCCGGAGACCGUACCAUUCCGCUUGUCUCGAAACAUGCGACACGCUCUUGGGCCAUCUGACAUGUACGGUACAUUCCGCGAAUCAUGUGUUCAUGUUCUAUCGACUCUCCGUUCUGGUCAUCAAGUUUUGACGAUGCUUCUUGAUGCAUUCGUAUUCGACCCACUAGUUGAUUGGACCUCCCACGAUAACAUUUCAACGUCUGGAGGUGUCUCAUUGGCUCUUCAAUUGGCUGUUUAUGGAAGUAGCUGGAAAGCAAAAGCGAGAGAAAGAUUGACGGAUACGAUCGAAUUGUUCCAGUUGAGAGUCACUGAAUUGCAAGCACUUUGGAUGAGUAAUCGAGAAGACCUAUACCAUUGGAUGAAACAAGUGACUGAUUGUCUUCUCGCUGAACAGAGUAUCAUGGGAAUGAAUGGAGCUUAUGCUCAACAACGAGUGAAAGCAGGCACCGAGCUUCGAGAAGCAGUCGCAAGGCAUCAGGCGCUAGCCAAAGAGUUCCGUCCUUUGAUACGCGUGAUAGGAAAGGAGAAAGAAGAGUUUGCCGAUUAUCUGAAGUUCUACAAGCAGGCAUUUAUUGAUCCACUUUUGAAAGGACACUCAGCUCUCCGUCACGAAUUAGACAUUGACACUUGUGUGCAGAAUUUCAAUAUAGUCAUGCAAAACAUUGAUGUAGUAUUCAUGAGUCUGAUCAGCCUCUCCACUAUGCCUAUAGACUCGGUCUCUUCGCGUGCUUCACAGAAGCAGUUCAAUGCACCGCCGGGACUCGAAAAUGUUUGGGUUUUGCAACAAGAGCAACAGGAGAAUUCGCAAGCUCGAGAAGUCGUCCGACGUGUCGAAAGACGACUGAACGGAUGGCUCGAUGGUUCUGCUCCGGAUAGGAAGUUGUCGCCUCGAGAAGAGGCUGACGUACUUAUCGCAGAAGCAACAUCAUCUGCCAAUUUGGCACAAAUGUACGAAGGUUGGACAGCUUGGGUCUGA